ACCGCCUGGAGGCGGUGUGCUCAGGAAUAGACGUUGCAGCUGCUUGUGGCAGAAGCGAUGUUAGGGCUAGGUAAAAUCGGUACAGCUGCUCGUCCAAGCUGUGUUGGGCUAGUUGGCAGCAGUUAAAUGGCCAUCUGUGCUAUCGGGCCUCCGAGUCCAUGGUAGGCCAUUAAUCUAAUGGAAUAAUUAUUCUUACAGUGGCAUUUCUGUGUCAAGUUUCAGAGUCACAUCUAUUAUAGCUCUUCAGAUGACAUUUAAACUUCUCAAAUACCUGCUUUUCAGGCUAAAGUUUUCCUUGUUUGGUCUCUGGUCAAAAGUAAUUAGAAUAAUGAGUCAUCAGUUGUGUUUAUAUUAAGACACCGUGUACAUUUUUGAAGAGGUUGUUUUUUUUAAGAGGAAAUUUCUGAUUGUGCAUUCUCUACUAGUGCUCUAGUAAAAGCACCUGAAGUCGGCAAGUCGAGAGGCUAGACAGAACUUUCUCUUUGAAGACUAGUGUGUGUAAAUAUUUUGACAGAAAUAGCAGCAAUUAAGUUUGCAAUGUGUGCACUCUGUGGCGUACAUUUCAGUUCAUGUAGAGAGCUGUGCAGUUCAGUUUUGAUCCAGCAAAGUAUAUUUAUGUGCUUGCAAGUGUGUUUUUAGCCUAACCUAGUGCAUCUCCCCUCCAUGACAGCUACAGUGCAUUAAAUUUUGUAGGUUUAGUGCAAAGUCAAAUACAUAUUCUAAUAAAUGCUAUAUUUUUAAGAUUCCAUAAGGUAUAAACAACUUCUUGUCUUCCACCUGUGAACUCCUUUUAUCUCCUUCCAUCUCCACUUAAGUUUCUUUUUUUCUCAUUCUUAAUUUUAAACUGUUCAUGUCAUAUGGGGAGGAGGAAGAAGAAUAACAAUUAAAGCCUAGCUCUUAUUUAAGAAAUGCUGAUUUAUCUAGAUGCACAUAACAGUGUGCAUCCUUUUAAAGGCCAUAAUCUAGCUAAGCAUUUGUCAAACUACAGUUUCACAACCUAAAGCUAGAAUAUGCAGUUGAAUCUCCUGAGAUGACCCUGUUGACUUUAUUGGUGUGCUUCCCAGACAGAUCCGUUUACAAAAUCACCUGUUUGUUUUUUCCAUUUUAACUGCACUGAUGGUUGUUGGAUGUUAAAAAAGAAAACCUCUUUAUUUUUAUUUCUUCUCACUGCUUAAGCAAAAAAACAAAUACUCUUUGUAUGUGGAGAUGCAGUAGCUGGAUGGAAGGAAAUCUGUGUCUUGAAGAUUAUAGAAAAAAUGACAUCUAGUUUCUUUAUCUUUCAUUCUAAGAUCAAAUGAACAAAGAUCUAAAAAAUACAACUUUUUUCCUUCCCAAAGGAAUUAGAAGCCAUAUGUGUUCAACUACAACCAGGGCAGAUGAAGGAAAAUGAAAGGCCAGCACCAUCUCUGGCAUCAGUCCAGUCUAAUGUUGUAACACUGAGUCAGCCGGACAGUAGAGAUUCUAAUAUAUCAGGACUCAGCAUUAUCAAUCCCCAGAUCAUUAGGAUACAGCCUCGUACAGGAACUGAACAGCAACAGCUCUUGCAAAAUUCUGAUUCGUCAGUUCAGUUACUUGUGCAGGGACCUUUACCCCCUCAUGGAUCAGAGUCUGGGAAUAAGAUUCCUACAUGCAAGACACUAAAUGGACAAAAAACUACAUGUGCUACUACAGGCUCCCCAAAUGUUUCUUUGGUUGCAGCCAGUUCAGCAAAUACUCCAAUUUCAAGCCUCGAAAAAAAGGAAAAAAAAGAACUAAAGCUAAAAAAAUCUUUGAAAGUGAAAACACGUUCUGGACGAAUUUCACGGCCUCCAAAAUAUAAAGCUAAAGAUUACAAAUUCAUUAAAACGGAGGAUUUAGCUGAUGCUGAUGGUCAUCAGUCUGAUUCCGAUGACUAUUCUGAACUAAGUGUUGAAGAAGAUGAAGAGGGAAAGGCAGAAGGAAUGGAUGCUUUGUUCAGUGUUUCAAAUUACAAUCUGAAACCCAAAAAGUUUAAAUGUCAGACUUGUGAGAAAUCAUAUAUAGGCAAGGGAGGAUUAGCGCGACAUUAUAAACUUAAUCCAGGUCAUGGACAACUGGAGUCUUCACAGCAAAAACUACCUUUGAAUAAGACUAAUGGAAGUGUGUUUGUGUGUGUGGAGAAUGCUGGAGGAACAGAAGAUGGAAGUGCGAGUCCGAUGCUCUCAGAACAAACUACUGUCACUUUAAAUAAUGAAAAUGCACUAGCCAGUGGUUUUGAAGAAACUGCUUCCUCAGAGGGUGAACAACAGACUGGCAAAUCUUCUGAAGACAAACAUUUGUUGGCAACACAGCAAACUGAGUCUGGAUUAGUACGCCGGGAACCUGGAAUGCCAAAAGGACCUGGAAGACCCAGGCGGCCUAAAAGACGUGGCCGGCCAAGGAUGGCUGGAAGAUCAAGGUGUUCAGGAAGACUUAGUAGGUCUGGUCGGUCCCCUUCAAAGUCGCUCAAUAAUGUGUCGACAGACCAUGUAUUUAGAAGAAAAGCUAGGUUAAAAGAGAUAAUCCAACAAUGUGACAAUGAAGACUUAAUAGAGCUGGCACUGCCACGCCUUGCAGAAUUUGUGACUGUGUAUGAAUUUUUAUUGAUGAAGGUUGAAAAUGGUUGCCCAGCAAGAGCAUUUUUCCCAGAUGUGUACAAGGAAUUUGAAGAGUUACAUAAUAUGAUAAAGAAAAUGGCUCAGGACCAUCUCUGCAGUUCUGAUUUUCUGUGUUCCCAGCAGCCUAUUGAAAUAAAAUAUCCCAAGGUUGCUGAGUCACUAGGAAUUACAGAAAAAAUUAUUGAAAAACAAACACAAGCUGCAGAUUCUUCCCAACAAUGUACUGUUAAAACAAUGGUUGAGCAAGUGCCUGCUGAAAUAUUGGGACAAAAAAGAGUAAUUGAGAAUUCAGGUGGGGAACUGUUGCCAUCAGCCAAGAAGACCAAAGUAGAAGACCCAUCGGGGAAUAUGGAUGAUGUUUAUGCUAAUCAAAAUGGAGUAAAGCAGAAGAGUGGGAACUUGAAUACACUGACUAUACAAGAUGGUUUUAAUCCACUAAAUGGAGAGACUGUACACUCUGAGGACAGAGGUAUUACUCAUUGCACAGUUGGACUUGCAUUACAUGAAUCGUUUGCUGAUUUAGAAACUAGUUUUGUCUCUGCAAGUUCACAUGUCCUCCCUCAGUCUAUGGAAAUGAGGAUGGAGUACCCCCAACCUGUAAGCACGCAGGGACCAAACAGUACAGGUAAUGUAUCUCCACCACACACUGAAGCCUUGUUGCCUGUUGUGACAGAUCAUUCACCAGAGGAAUUUGUUGAAGCACAGUUUAUAAACGAGAGUGCUGCAAGCAGACUGACAAGUUCUGAAUUUUGUAGUUCCAUGUUAUCAGACAUUGUGAUGGACAGUCAGAGUUCUAACUUGUCAGUGAGCGAACAAAGUGAUCAUAACGGAAAAUUCCAAAAACUUCAGCAAGAAGAAGAAAUCCAGAAUUAUGGCAUGACUAACAAACAUUCCCAACAACUUAAUGAUACUAAUAUAGCUGAACAGAUGCAGCACCUUGAAAAAGUUUUUUCAACUAGUAUUGUGCCAAUAGAAGAUCCAUGCAGGACUCAGACUGAACCACAUGACAGUCCUGUACAGGAAUCCUCCAUAGCCACUCGGGUGAAUCAUGAAAGUCCAUUGAAAAACAUAGAUGAAUUCUCUUGUGAGACAGAAGAACAGCAUACUGGACCACGUGAGCUAGAGAACGUGGUUACUGUAAGCGAAACUGUAGCCUUUGAGAUUACUGAUGAGAGCCAUGAAUUUUUGUCUCAGGGACAUGAACAGAUCUUUAUUCAGACUUCAGAUGGACUUAUCUUGUCCCAUCCAGGUACCGCUGUUCUGUCUCAGACAGACGGCAUAGUUAUUGUAACUGAUGCUGACGGUACCACAAUGCACAUUCGUACACCUGAUGGGGUCCCUUUCGAAACUGUGGAAGCACUACUUGCAAUGGAAGCAGAUGGCCAAAGUGAAGAUAUUUUGCUCUCACAUAGUGAAGAGGAGCCAUAAAUUAAAAAAAAAGAAGAAUCCUAUUUAUACAUGCUUUCUUCUGGAAAAGACUCUAUCAAAUGUAUAUUUUUCUAAUGUGAAUACUGGAAUUGAGAUUUAACUUAUUUGUAAACUGUUUCUAUGACCUGUACUUUUUAUAUAAACUUAAGUUAUAAAAUUAGCCACAUUACAACCAAAAAUUCUAAGGAAUAUUUUUUUUUAUUCUAUUUGCCCUUAAUAUAUGUCUGGGGGUGGAAAUAUGUUGACCCUGAUUUUGUUGCACUAUUUCUCUUUUGUUACAUACUUAUUCUUCUCUCUGGCAAAUAGAAACAUGGUAUAAUAUAUUGCACUGUUCUUGGCAGUGAUGUGCUAUAUGCCGGCAGCCUGUAUAUGGGAUAAAUAAAAACUAUAUUAAAAAGAGUUGUGUUUUCUAAGUACAAAAGGUUUUGUAGCUUUGUAAUUGCUGUUACUUAAAUAUAUUCAAGGUGAUAUAUCUUACAAGUAAACAUGAAUUUAACUGUG